AUGGUCAGCUUCUCGUCUCUCCUUCUUGCAGUUUCCGCUGUUUCUGGCGCUUUGGCUGCCCCCGGCGAUAGCACUAUGGUCGAGAUGGCCAAGCGUGCUAUCACCUCCUCUCAGACUGGUACCAACAACGGCUACUACUACUCCUUCUGGACCAACGGCGGUGGUGAUGUACAAUACACCAACGGCAACGGCGGCCAGUACAGCGUCAAGUGGAACAACUGCGACAACUUCGUUGCCGGAAAGGGAUGGAACCCCGGCAGUGCCCGUACCGUCACCUACAGCGGCAACUGGGAGAGCAACAGUAACAGCUACGUCUCCCUCUACGGCUGGACCAAGAACCCUCUGGUUGAAUACUACAUUGUCGAGAAGUUCGGCGACUACGAUCCCUCCACCGGUGCUACCGAGCUCGGCACCGUCGAGAGUGACGGGGCAACCUACAAGAUUUACAAAACUACCCGCACGAAUGCUCCUUCUAUCGAGGGCACCUCGACCUUCGACCAGUACUGGUCCGUCCGCCAGGGCGGCCGCGUUGGUGGUACUAUCAAUACUCAAAACCACUUCAACGCCUGGGCCAAGGCGGGUCUUAAGCUGGGUGAGCACAACUACCAGAUCCUGGCCACGGAGGGCUACAAGAGCAGCGGAUCUGCCACCAUCACUGUUCAGUAA